AUGCGCGCCCGCCGGGGGCUGCUGCGGCUGCCGCGCCGCUCGCUGCUCGCCGCGCUCUUCUUCUUCUCGCUGUCGUCCUCGCUGCUCUACUUCGUCUAUGUGGCGCCCGGCAUAGUGAACACCUACCUCUUCAUGGUGCAGGCUCAGAGCAUCCUGCUGCGGGACAACGUGAGGACCAUCGGUGCCCAGGUCUAUGAGCAGGUGGUCCGCAGCGCCUAUGCCAAGAGGAACAGCAGCCUGAAUGACUCCGAUUACCAUCUGGACUUGAACCACAGUGAGGCCUUUCCCCCAACUACGACGUUUCUUCCUGAAGAUUUCACCUACUUUGCCAACCACCCUUGCCCGGAGAGGCUCCCUUCCAUGAAGGGCCCGAUAGAGAUAAACAUGAGCGAGGUCAGAAUGGACGACAUCCACGAGCUUUUCUCCAGAGACCCGGCCAUCAAGCUGGGCGGGCACUGGAAGCCUGCAGACUGUGUGCCUCGGUGGAAGGUGGCCAUCCUCAUCCCUUUCCGGAACCGCCAUGAGCACCUCCCUGUCCUCCUGCGGCACUUGCUCCCCAUGCUUCAGCGCCAGCGGCUGCAGUUUGCCUUCUAUGUGAUCGAGCAAGUUGGCACCCAGCCCUUUAACCGAGCCAUGCUUUUCAACGUUGGUUUUCAAGAAGCCAUGAAGGACUUGGAUUGGGACUGUUUGAUCUUCCAUGAUGUGGACCACAUACCUGAGAGUGACCGGAACUACUAUGGCUGUGGACAGAUGCCCAGGCACUUUGCAACCAAACUGGACAAGUACAUGUACCUGCUACCCUACACAGAGUUUUUUGGUGGAGUGAGCGGCCUGACUGUUGACCAGUUUCGGAAAAUCAACGGCUUUCCCAAUGCCUUCUGGGGCUGGGGUGGAGAAGACGACGACCUGUGGAACAGAGUCCAGAAUGCAGGCUAUUCUGUGAGCCGGCCAGAAGGGGACACAGGAAAAUACAAGUCCAUCCCUCACCACCAUCGCGGGGAGGUCCAGUUUCUUGGCAGGUACGCUCUCCUGAGGAAGUCAAAGGAGCGGCAAGGACUGGACGGUCUCAACAACCUGAACUAUUCUGCUAAUGUCACAUACGACGCCUUGUAUAAAAACAUAACUGUCAACUUGACACCCGAGCUGGCUCAGGUGACUGAGUACUGAGAUGGGUAGAGAAGCCGCACACGCCUGCCCACUGCUCCCUCCCUCGGAUGGCUGUGAUGCGCCAUCCUGGGGCUCAACACAGGAGGACAGAAGAGACCAUAGGGUUCCAGAAGACUGUCCCAGCCCACGAACAAAGGCCUUUGCUGUGGGGCCCAGCAGGAACAGGAGACUUGAGGACACCUAUCAUCAGCACUGGCUUCUGUUCUGCAGGAAAGGUGUCCGCCCUGCUGCUCGUUCCGUCCCACCCAGGUCCUGUCUCAGCUGCAGCCUCUAGAAUUGCAGGGCCAGGCUUGGUGCCCCUUGGAUAGGUGGAUGGCCAAGCCUGGAGGCCGCCCGCCAUGGCCAGCCACCCUGGCCUGAAGCAGAUGGCCUGAACGCCGGGCUCUGCAUCUCUGCAGUUCUUGUUGGUUUUCAUUUGGCUUAGUUUAGGGUGUUU